AUCCUAAGUCCCCAGCUCACCACGGCUAACCACCACGCAAAACAAACUGCUUUCCUGCUGCUCUGCUCGAUCGUGCCCCGGAAGAUGGCGGCGAAGUCCGGCGAGUUCGUGGCCGUGCCCGUCGCGGCGCAUCCCCAUGAUAGCGCCUCCGAGCCGGAGCCCGUCACCGAUGGCCUCAUCCCGGGCAAGGACCGCGCCGCCGCCGGGGCGCGCGUCCUAGAGCGCGAUCACCGCGCGCCGUUCGCCGACCGCGACGCGCGGCCACGCCUAACCGUGGCCGACACCGACGGCGCCGACGUCUUCGCGCGCGAGCGCGGCGUGUCCUCCCGCGAGGCCCUCCUCAGCAAGAACGGUCCGGCCGGUCUGGCCGUGUCCGACCUCUUCUUCAAGCGCGAGACCGGUGCGCCGCUAGUGGACAUGGCCCGUGCCGGCGGGCUGACCGUGGGUGGCACCAACGCCAACGACGUCUUCGCGCUCGAGCGCGGCGUGUCCGAGUCCGACCUCCUCCCGCGUGAGACCGGCGAGCCUCUCCUCCUCCUCCUCCUCCUCCUCGACAAGCACCGCGACGUGUUCGCGCGUGAACGCGGCAUGUCAUUCGGCGACGCCCUCCUGGGAAACAAUCACCCCGCUGGGCUGCGCGAGAUCGACACACCUCUCCUGGACGAGAAAUUCUUCUCCGACGACUACUCCUUCGCGCGCAAGACAGCCGCGCCGCCCUUCGCCGGGCUUGUCGCGGCCGACGAGCACGGCGCGCGCACCGACAAGGCUCUCCGCCCGGCGCCUUCCGCCCCGCACUCGGAGCAGGUUGCCAUUGAUGUUCUUGUCGGUGCCAAGGAGGUGCCGGUAGCGGCCGGUGCAGAUUCCGGCGGCGGCCAUGGCGGCAACCUGUCAACUGUGGUGGGGAUUUUCGCUGCUUCAACCGCCGUCACCAUGGUCGCCGCCGGCCCCGUCAGCCCGCCGGUGGCGUUUGGUGCCUUUCUCCUGCUGCUUGGUGGCCUCUUAGUUUCUGUCUCCCGUGUUCUUGAGAAUCAGCUGGUUGAUGAUAUCUGACGAAAAUUGGGGAAUAAUUUUGUAGGAUUCGGAUCCUUUACAGAUGAAUUUGGACCGAAUUCAUAGCAUGACAUGGUGCUUCAUUAACAAUUACAGUGAUGCGACAUGUCAAACUAUGGGUCAGAUCCAACGCCACUUGUACAAGAUCUUGUCCUAUAUAUGUUAAUGAAGCAAUAAUAUCAGAUGCUAUCUCAGAUUAUCAGUUCCUUCAUCUGCGGUUUAGCAAUAAUGGAUGUUGGUGUGAUCGAUCAAUUGGUGCUACACGAAAUGUUUUUCAUCUGAUGUUUCCGAAAUGUUUUUCAUCUUAUGUUUCAGAAUGUAGUGUUGAGGUGAAUUUACAAGUCCAUGCUGAAUUUUGCUGUUAAUUUAUGAGGAACUGAAUUGUAUCUUA